AUGGACAAAUUAAACAAAUCGCUAGGUUUAGCUUUGAGUUUAGAAAAAAAGCUUUACAAUGCCAUUAAACCGCUUCUUAUUGUAUCACAAUUUUUCUGCGUUGCACCAAUUGGUGAUAAUAGACUUCAACCGUUAAAAUGGAUAUCUCCAAAAGUUAUACUACACAUUUCCUGGUGCACUUUAGUCUGUGUAUACAUUCUAACAAGUAUUUACUUCGAAUACUUGCAAAAGAAAAUCCCACUUCGAACAGUUCAAAAACCACUCUUUUUUAGUGAAUAUUUUGUAUUUGUUUGUCAUAUUACAUUUUUAGUGCCAGCUUGUUACUUCAAACAUAAACUUUGUGCUCAAUACAUUCGAACAACAGUAUCUAUCGAUUGUAGUUUAGCAGCUUUUGGAAAAAUACCAAAAUUUGGUAUUUUGAAAAGAUUCACAUUUAUUCAUCUGACUUUAUGGAUGGUUUAUAUUGUUUCGGUUAUGGCCAUUAUUGCAUUUUGGGAUGAAAUGACUAUAAUCGAAUCAUUUGACAACUUAAUAGUCUAUUUGAUUCCAAAUUUUAUAAUUGGAAUAUCAAUGAUACAAUAUUAUAUACUUUUGUUUAUAAUUUAUCUUCGAUGGAAAUUUCUCUACAAAGCUAUUCAAGAAUUUAAACAAAAAUACGAAACAGACAAUCGAUUAGCAAAACUCAGGAUUUCUCAAGAAAUUCUAGAUCUUCUGCGAGGGAUCUAUUGCAAUUUGGAAAUAUUUACCAAAGAAGUUAAUUCAACAUUUUCAAUUUCAAUCUUGAUUAUAUAUUUUGGUUCAUUUAUCAAUUUGAGUUUGAAUAUAUUCUUCGUUUACAAGUGUAUUGAUGAUGAAAACGUGAUGGCGAUAACUUUUUUUCUUUAUUCAUUUAUAUGGGCUGUGAUGCAUAUGGGGAAAAUGUUUUGUGUUUUGUAUUUUAAUCACUUAAUUUUGGUUGAGAAGGAUAAAAUUGCUGUUGUUGUGAAAAAUUUAAAUCCACUUAACUUGGAAAUGGAAAUAACGGUAAGAAUUAUUAUUUAUGUUUGA